AUGCAUUCAAUAUUAAGGCUGCGUUCCUCUGUAUCCAUUUUGGCUCGAGGCAAGGUUGGUUGCGCAUCAACCCUGUACAGGACCACUUCCGUAGCGGUGCACUUCGGCCACAUGUCGGCUCCCCUCCAGAGACGGGACUACCCGACUGGCCAGCCCGACGUCCCGCAGUGGCCAGGUUCGUCGAUGAGACCCAUCAAAGCGGCCUGCGACUCUGACGACGAGUCCUCGGACAACCCCAAUACGCCGCGUGUGCGCUCCAGGGUGCCUACAACGCCGCCGCCUCCGCAAAUCAGGGAGCGUGCGGAGCCCUUGCUGUUGGCCCUGGAGCGAAACUGCCUGAAGCAAGUGCGCCUCGCCAUCGAGGCAGACCCAGAGGCAGCCAAGGAGCCGUUCUGGGAUUGCCGCUUCGAGUGGCCGCUCUGCGCCGCGGUCCGCCUCGGUUGCAGCGAGGAAGUUGUCAGGCUGCUGAUCGAGAACGGCGCGAAGGUCGACGUGACGAGCGUCGGCGGACAGUCUCCGCUCCAGCUUCUCGGUUCGGGAACGGGGAACCACUCCUUCAGCGCCCGCCCCAUCGACUUCAGGGGAAUGCCGAACACUCCGCUGGGCACCGCUGAGUGGACCGCGGGUAUGCGCCUGUCCACCGCGCAGUUCGAGCUGGACGUGGCCACGGCACUGCUGAACGCGGGCGCAGAUCCAGCGGCGGACCACGGAGCCUAGAGCUUGCACGGCGCUCCAGGAAAGACAAUUCGACCGAGCUUGCCUUACUGGGGCCCUGGAGAUGGUGUGCCGUAUCGAUUGCCGAGGCCCUCGGAUCCGACAUGGAACCGCAUGUCUACCAUUGCUGCAGCUUGAGCCAGGUUGGGGUUCGGCGCCGCGCGUGUAGCACAGGAUUGUUUUUACAGUGACGCCUUCUCUUCCAGCGAGCGCCCAGUGAUCUCUGGAGCCGGCGAGAUGGACUCUUGCCCCCUUGGUUCCCGGUAGCGAGGCACGCUGCCCCCACGUCCGCCGAGAGCAUGGACUGUACAGAAUCCACCUCCGUGCACAGGCACGUGCGCGGGCGAAUUCGUCCCAGAUCUUCCAUGCAGCCGUGACCUCCCGAACUCCCUGCCCCCCCCUUGCCCCGCCAGCCCAGCCACGCGCCAUCCUCCUGCGCCGCGCGCCCCCGCCUGCCGCGCGCGGUCACCUCCUGUCGGCGUCGAGCCUCUCGUCUGCCUUUCUCGUCCUUCCCUUUCCCUUCUCUCCCCCGCAAUCAGAGAGGAGCUGGCGCUUGGUCUCGAUUGCCUUCUGCGCCGUGCAUGCCUUCCGGAACCCGGCUGCCUGGGGCGUUGAAAGCGCCCCUGGCUGGACACGGUCUUUGAGUUUCUUGUCUCAGUCGGGCGACGAGUCGAGCGGCGGACUCGUCCCCUCCUCGGGCAAGCACACCGAUUACAGUCGUCGUUCUUCAAAGUAGCGACCGCCAGGCGGAGCGUACACCACUCCAGGCGGCUCUUAGUUCUGUGGAGUUUCCCAGAAACAGAAUUAUUGCAGCUAGUAGUUUUAGGAUGAGGAGAUGGCAUUUUUUUGAGAUGGUGGUCGUGCUUUACCCGGUACAUGGUCCUACAUCGUUAUCAAUAUAUCGGCCAAUGCACUUGUGAGCGUGUACUGGAAGUGCUGCUCUCGGUGCUUGCGCAAUUGCCAUUUCGAAGUUGCUGGACUUGUGUCAUGUGGCAGUUGUGAGCCGAAGGCAUCUCCAUUUGUUCGCUUCUUCUCCCUUCCCGAAGCCACUGCAGAGAGAAAGCAUGACAAUAUCAAGGCUGCGUUCCCUGCUUCCUCCGUCUUUCCUCUAUCUUCCUGCAAGUGAUCUGCCACCCAGCGUGACGGCGCGUGCAUUGUUAUGCGUCGAGGCAGUUUGCUCUGCGUCGUCUUGCAUUCUUCGUUCCUUUGCACGUGCUCCGCCAGCUGGCGUGUGCAGCGCGUGCCUUCUAUGUCAAGGCACUUUUUGUCCACAGACCAGCGAACUACGGCCUCAACAUUUCAUCAGGUAGACAGUCAAUGGAGUCAAAGCCCCAAGGCUGUUUAGCGAUCUCCCAGACGAACCCGCAAGCCAAGACUUGCGUGUCGUGGCAACGCCUGGACAGCGCCAUUGGGGCCAAAGACACUUGCCCCCCCAAUGCAGCGCCUAAACAGCCCCAAAGCCAG